UUGCGCCUCAGGGGUUCUUUUAUUUUCUGUCCGUCAUGCGUUCCCUACAGAGCAUUUGCAUUUCACGAUCGGCACUCUUCUCAUCUUAAACAAACUAAACCAACAUGUUGGUUGAGUUUGCGAUCCUCGCUGCAUCUCUCUUCAUCUUCUACCAUCUGUUCUUGGAGUUCAGAGGAAGCAACUUGCCGCCCGGUCCGCGUCCUCUCCCACUCAUCGGUAACUUGAAUUUACUAAGCAAGCAAAUGCACUUAAGCUUUACCGAGCUCGAGAAGACAUACGGCAAGGUCUACCGGCUCUACCUUGGCCACAAACUUGCGAUAGUGCUCAGCGGAGAUGCUAUAAAAGAGGCUCUAGUUCGGCAACCGAGAAAUUUUGCAGGAAGGCCCGUUCUGAAUCCACAGUUAAAAAGUGCGCUAAACCGAGGUCCAGGUCUUACGGUGAUGGAUUAUGGCGAAACAUGGAAGUUGUUUCGCAAACUUGGGCAUUCGACCAUUAAAGUUUAUGGCGAGAAUCGAUUGCAAGACGUGAUUAAAGAUGAAGUGUUGGAGCUCUGUAACCGCCUGGAGUCCUCCGCAGGCAAGCCUUUUGAUAUCACUCAACAGUUCGGCAUCGCUGUUACUAACGUGAUUUGUACGAAGCUGUUUGGAACGCGCUAUCAGAUAGACGACCCUGAAUUCCUCCGAGUUUAUGAGAUCCACGAUAAACUGUCUCGUAUAGGAUUCGGCGGAAACUUGGUCACCAAUAUUUUUCCUUCCCUCGCUUCUAUACUUCCUUUUAGCGAAAAGCAGAGGGAUCUGAUACAGAUCGGCCAAGAGAGAUAUGAAAUCCUAGAGAGGAAAUACCAAGAGCACGUGAAGACCUUCGACCCUGAAAAUAUUCGUGAUUACACGGACGCUCUGCUAAAAGCCAAACAAGACGCGGAGCAGGAGGACAAGUCCAGCAAGGAACACUUGCAGGAAAGCACCAUCAUAAUGGCAGGGCUCGCCACCCUGUUCAUUGCCGGGUCCGAGACCACCUCAACCACCCUGGGAUGGGCUGUCAUCUACCUUCUGCACAACCCAGACGUCCAGGAACGCCUGCACAAGGAGAUCGAUGACGUCAUCGGUCGGGACGCCUUUCCUCAGCUUUCUAAAAGAAAAGAGCUCCCAGUGCUAGAGGCGUUCACCGCCGAGACCCUCCGCCUUGCGAACUUGGCGCCUUUGGCCAUUCCCCACAAGGCCCGCGAGCGGUCCACCUUGCAAGGGUUUGAAAUCCCCGAGGGGACCACUGUGUUCGCGAAUCUCUGGUCUCUCCACCACGACCCAACCGUCUGGAAGGAUCCAUUCACCUUCAACCUGGACCGGUUCCUGGACGAAGAAGGGAAAUUCAAGGCGCCCGUUGGUGGUACCUUCCUGCCAUUUGGUGCCGGUCCGAGGGUGUGUCUAGGAGAGGUUCUGGCUCGCUCUGAGCUGUUCCUAUUCCUUUCACGGAUGCUGCAGAGGUUCGAGUUUGUUAAUCCCCCUGGCUGCGAGCUUCCAUCUAUGGAGGGGGACCUGGGCGUGGUACUGCACCCCAUGCCCUACACUGUGUGCGUCCGAUCACGUUAAGACCAUGCUUAUUCAGUUAUGCCUUACACUGUGUGCGUCCGAUCACGUUAAGACCAUGCUAAUUCAGUUAUGCCUUACACUGUGUGCGUCCGAUCACGUUAAGACCAUGCUAAUUCAGUUAUGCCGUACACUGUGUGCGUCCGAUCACGUUAAGACCAUGCUAAUUCAGUUAUGCCCUACACUGUGUGCGUCCGAUCACGUUAAGACCAUGCUAAUUCAGUUAUGCCGUACACUGUGUGCGUCCGAUCACGUUAAGACCAUGCUUAUUCAGUUCAAUGCUAUGUGCAAAAACAGUGUAAUCUCUUAAGUUUUUUUUUUUAUUAAUAUAGAGUAAAUCCUUAAAUAGCUCGUUCCAUAUGAUAAACACUUUACAAAACCAAUACAUCUAAAAAGAGUACUUUUUUGCCGUGUCUAGGGUACCAGCUGUAUUUAGGUUAAACUGUAUGCAUUCGUCGUUUUUGGUAGAGGAGUUAUAAUGAACAAAAUAAUCCCAAUCAAUGUCUUA